AAUAUAGAUCAUACUUAUAUAACAAUUUUUACUUUUUCAUGGUAUGUAUUUAUUCAAAAAACAUUCAUUUUUCAUGUUACAUUCAUUUAAGUAAAAGUUGUCAUGAUCAACUAAAUUUAGUACCAUGCUUCGUGUCACGUAUGCUUAUUUAUGUUCAUUUAAGUGUGUGUAUAGACAUACAUAUUACCGUGUCCUACUUCUGUGAUUCAUUAGAAUUUCCUUGUGUGUAUUAGUAUCCGAUCUUUACAUUUUCAACUAUUCCUUUUUUAUAUAUUAAUUUCAUUUGUGCCUGAAAUGUACUGAUCAUACGUAAAAUUCUCUAGAAUUACGAUAAAACACGAAAUUAAGCAUAGGCGUAAUACAAAGAAAAAUUUAAUUUAACUACAUACACAAGUUUUUGUUUUUUAACGUUUACUAUGUAUUUUUUUUACGUAGAUUUGAGUAUUUUGGUCGAAAAUUGUCUUUAAUAUCAGAAUUAUACGUAGCUAGAUAUAUACAUGAAUUUUUACAAUUUCAGCAGAUUCUAGCUAUAAAUUGAUUCUUUAAAACUUAGGUUUUUACGGGACCGAAUUUUUUAUUGAUAUAAAUCAGAAAAAGGAAUAUGAUUUACAUAUAAUUGAUAUGUUAGUUCAUAUAUUCUUAAUAUUCAGGUUUAGAGCAGAGCAUUUUCUAGUGUUUGUUUUCUUUUUUUGUGUCUAUGUAGUUAUGGUGGUAUAUACGCUUAUGGGUUUUAUCUGUGAAAAAAGGAGGACGUGCAUGGGCGCUCGUACAAGGCAGUCAGACUAUAUACAUAUAUCCCAACAGUAAAAGGGGGGAACAGAGCACUAUUACGCAUGCGUAAAGGCAAAGAGGGAAUUUGGACCAACAAAAGGGGCCCACUGAUCUCUGCGGCUUUAAUGUUAAAUUCCAAACGAUUUUAAGUAGAACAUAUUAGUUUUGUGUCACAGAUAGUUUGCUUGAAGUUCACGUUAAAAUGACAACAACAUUAUUACGAACUGGUCUACGAUUUGUAAUUUCCAACAAGUGUUUUAAAAAAAGAGCUAUUUCAAUUUUAUGCUAUGGAAUAUCAGAAAAACAAAAUAUUUUACUAAAAUGCAACCAGUAUUAUAAAAUAUCUCCGCGAGCGUGUAGUACAAGAAGAGUGCAUCAAACGGGUAUCUCAACUUCUGUAAGCGAACAAGAAAGUGAUAACGAUUCUGACACCGAACAAGGAAAAGGACAAUCGUAUUUCUGGAGAAGGAAAAUGCGGACACUACAUAAUCAUUUGGAUAUUAAUAAAGACGGAGUUAUCAGUCACGACGAUUUCAUGUUGUUCACAGAAAGAUUUACUGACUUGGGACACUUAACUCCAGAAUUAAAAAUUGAAUUCAAAAAAAUAAUGAAUAAAGCAUGGGAAGAACAAUGGGGAGAAAUUAGUCCGUAUAAUCUUAUUUGUAUCGAAAAAUAUUUGGAGGAAAUGCAACAUGUUCUUAAUGACUCAUCAUUGAAGAGAAAAUGUCAUUAUUUUUUGCCAUUUUUAUUCAAAGCAGUGGAUAAAGAUCGAAAUGGUGAAAUUUCUGUGCAAGAAUUUCAGUUAUUUUUCCAAUGUUUAGGACUCACACAUGAUGAUGCAGUUAUUUCCUUCAGUCAUAUUGAUACUAAUGAUGAUGGUAAAAUUAGCUUUGAAGAAUUCAUAACAUUGGGUCGUGAGUUCUUCUUAACAGAAGAUCCAACAAAACCCAGUAAAUAUUUCUGGGGUCCUUUGGUAGAUUAA